UAUCAUUUAGUACUUGUUUAUGUUUCCUACAAGUAGGUCGAGAACGUCUAGAGAAAGACGAGAACAAAACGACAACUAAACACGCUAAGCAACCAGCAAUCAAUCCAGAUAGUAUGCAUUUGUGUUGCACACCUACACUCUUUUUUUAUUGGUGCCAGUUCUCAAGCUGAAGCAGUUGAAAGUGAAUACAUACAGAACGCAUACUCCUAGGCAGGAAUUUACAUUCUGAUGUGUCUUAAAACUACAAGAGUAGUUCAAUUAGCGAGCACUUGAAUUAUCCUCCGACCACUACACAGCAAAGGCACAAUGGAAGGCGAGUCCACAGAGUCCACACACAACACUAAGGUGUCCGAUUCGGCCUACUCCAACAGCUGCAGCAACAGUCAGUCGCAGCGCAGUGGCAGUUCAAAGUCCAGGCUGAGCGGCAGCCACUCGUCGGGCAGCAGCGGCUAUGGGGGCAAGCCCUCCACACAGGCCAGCAGCAGCGACAUGAUCAUAAAGCGCAACAAAGAGAAGUCGCGCAAGAAGAAGAAGGCCAAGUGCGCACAGACUCAGGCGAGCAUCACCUCAUCGCUGGAGAGCGCCGAGGAGUUGCCGCUGCCCCACUCCAGCAGCGCCACCUGCGACCAGCAGAUCCUGCAGGUGCUGGCGGGCACACAGCAGCUGUGCGACCAGCCGGCGUCACUGGACCACAAGCUUGGUGAACAGCUGGACUCAAGGCACAAUUGCGGGGUCAGCAAGUCGGAGCAGGCGCAGUCCUUUUCGCUGCCCUGCCCGCUCUCAGUGUCCACCCUUAUUCCGGGCAUCGGCAUUUGCCAUGGCAACAGUGCCGCAGGCGGCAAGUGGGAGAAGACAUUUGAGUCCUGCAAGCUGGAGACGGGCGCCGCCAAAACGGAGCGGCAUAAUGUGAAAGAGGAAAGCUUCUGUUGUGUGAUCUCCAUGCACGACGGAAUCGUGCUCUACACGACGCCCAGUAUCACGGACGUGCUUGGCUUCCCGCGGGACAUGUGGCUGGGCCGCUCCUUCAUCGACUUUGUCCACGUCAAGGACCGGGCCACGUUUGCCAGCCAGAUCACCACUGGCAUUCCCAUUGCAGAGUCGCGCGGCAGCAUGCCCAAGGACGCCAGGAGCACCUUCUGCGUGAUGCUGCGCCAGUAUCGUGGCCUACAGACCAGCGGCUACGGGGUGAUCGGCAGGUCCGUCAACUACGAGCCUUUCCGCCUGGGCAUGUCGUUCCGCGAGGCGCCCGAAGAGGAGCGCUCCGACAACUACAUGGUCGCUAAUGGCAGCAACAUGCUGCUAGUCAUCUGUGCCACCCCCAUCAAGAGCAGCUACAGAGUUCCCGAGGAGAUCCAUUCGCAGAGGAGCCCCAAGUUCGCCAUCCGCCACACGGCCUCUGGCACUAUCUCCCACGUGGACAGCGCGGCGGUGAGUGCUUUGGGCUACCUGCCGCAGGAUCUCAUGGGGCGGUCCAUCAUGGACUUCUACCACCAUGACGACCUCCCCGCCAUUAAGGAGAUCUACGAGUCCGUCAUGAAAAAGGGCCAAACGGCCGGCGCCUCUUUCUGCAGCAAGCCCUAUCGCUUCCUCAUUCAAAACGGCUGCUACAUCCUUCUCGAGACGGAGUGGAGCAGCUUUGUAAAUCCUUGGUCGCGCAAGCUUGAAUUUGUCGUCGGCCAUCAUCGCGUCUUUCAAGGUCCGAAGAUAUGCAACGUUUUUGAGACGCCGCCCAACGCAAAGCCAAAGAUACCGGAGGACCUGCAGAACAGGAACACGUGCAUUAGGGAGGAAAUUGUGAGUUUGCUGGCGGAGAAAGUGUCGCGUCCCUCGGACACAGUCAAGCAGGAGGUGUCGCGCCGGUGCCAGGCCCUGGCCAGCUUCAUGGAGACGCUCAUGGACGAGGUGUCUCGGGCGGACCUCAAGCUGGAGCUGCCACACGAGAACGAGCUGACUGUGUCAGAGCGGGACAGCGUCAUGUUGGGGGAGAUCUCGCCCCACCACGACUACUAUGACAGUAAGAGUUCCAUUGAGACGCCACCCAGCUACAACCAACUAAACUAUAACGAGAACCUGCUGCGUUUUUUUAACAGCAAGCCUGUCACUGCACCCGUCGAGCUCGACCCGCCGAAAGUGGAGUCCUCGGCUGUGAGCAGCGCGCGCGAGGAUGCCCGCAGCACGCUUAGCCCCGUUCAUGUCUUCGGGGGCAGUGGCGCCAGCGGCUCCUCCGGCAACUUCACCAGCGGCAGCAAUAUUCAUAUGAGCAGUGUGACCAACACGAGCAAUGCCGGUACAGUCAUUGGCACAAUAACGGGAACUGGCACUAUAACAGGUACCUCCGGAGCCGGCACCAUAAUCGGCAACUCCGGAACCGGAACGGCAACCGGAGACGGAAACAAAAACGGAAAUGGGAACGGUAAUGGAAACGGAACCAUUGUCACAAGGGCCUCUGGCACCAAUGGCGCCAACACCUCUGCCGCUGACAACUCUGGCGCCGGCAUCUCGGGGGCCUACAACUCGGGCGCCGACAAUUCUGCCGCCGAGAACUUUUGCCCCGAAAACUUUGGUGCCGAAAACUCUUGCCCGGAAUAUUCUUGCGCGGAAAACUCAUGCGCCGACAACUCUGGGGCCGAUAACUCUGGCGCCGAUAACUCUGGGGCCGAUAACUCUGGCGCCGAUAACUCCGGACCCGACACCUCUGGGCCUGAGAACUCUCGACCCGACAACUCUGCCGCCGACAACUGUGGCGCAGAUAACUCAGCCUCUGGGUCCGGGUCGGGCACCUUCGGCGGUGAAGGGCCAUCCAGUGGUGGGCAGGACACCAAAACCCACGCUGCCGUUCCCGAUUCACCGCCCAUUUCGCUCACCGAGUCGCUUCUGAGCAAGCACAACGACGAGAUGGAGAAGUUCAUGCUGAAGAAGCACCGCGAGUCCCGCGGGGACCGCCGCACCGUCGAGAAGAACAAGAACAAGACGGCCAACACUAUCGACUCCAUGAAGAUACUCGAGUACAACAGCCCUGGCCCUGGCCCAGGCCCGGUACACGGCACGAAGAGAUGCGGGUCCUACUCGUGGGAGGGCGAAGGCAACAAGCCCAAGCAGCAGACCGCUCUGAACAGUGUGGGCGUCGGUACUGGUGGGUCCGAGGCCCCCACCGGCUCAGUGUCGAAGUGUCCGGUGGGCAGCUCCGUCGCUGUUGGUGGGGUAGGAGACGCUGGCACUGGCAGCGUCAGCGUCGGCGUCGCCGUCGGUGGUGGAGGCCAGCCAGGCAAUCUGUACUCCUCGAGUGGGAUAUCCUGCACGCAGAAUAUCAAUCUGUGGCCCCCCUUUUCGGUGGGUCUUACCGCACCCGUCCACACCACCCACACGGCCAUCGCCCAGAGCAGCUUCUCGACACAGCACAGUCUUUUCCCCACCUUCUACUACAUACCCGCCUCCCCGAUGGCCCCCACCACUCCCGCUUCGAGUUCGGUCAGCCCCACGCCACGAGCCCACAAGAACAAGCAUCAACAUCAGCAUGCGCCGACGGUCGCCGAUCAGCCGAGCACCUCGCAGCAGGCGACGGGAGCAGCUGCAAUGCCUCUGCAGUACGUGGCCGGGGUGAUGUAUCCACACCCGUCGCUCUUCUACACGCACCCAGCGGCGGCAGCCGCCACGGCCAUGAUGUACCAGCCCAUGCCCUUUCCUGGAAUAGCCAACGCCAUCCAGCUACCGGAGCAGCCCAGCACCUCGCAGUCUGGCUACAGCAAGACCGUCUUCUCGACUCAACAGGUCAUAGUGGCCCCGCCGACGCCGACAACAACAACGGCGACAGCGACCCCAAAAACCCAAGGAGCCUUCCACUCGAUCACACCCGCCCAGCUGCAGCGACCGUCGGUCGCAUCGGUCAAGACGGAGCCCGCCUCGAAUGUGGCAUCCUCACUUUCAUCCAGCAAGAAGGUGUCCAACUCGUCAAACGCCUCCGGCAUGGGAGACUACACCUCUGACCAGGCUUGCUCCAGGAACCGCGCCAUCGUAAAGAAAUACACAGACAGCAAUGGAAACAGCGACGACAUGGACGGCUCCAGCUUCUCGUCCUUCUAUUCAUCGUUUAUCAAGACCACAGACGGCUCCGAAAGUCCUGACAACGACAAAGAGGCAAAGCAUCGCAAGUUGAAGAAUAUAACCCGAUUGAGCAGUAAGAUAAUGGAGCACCCGGAGGAGGACCAAACGCAGCACGGAGAUGGAUAGCCAACACCUCAGGUGCUGCUGACUGACGUACACAAUCGGGUCCCCAAUGUCAAGGACACGUCGACCCAAGGUGCGAAAGAAGCAGCAUCAGAUGGAACCAGUAGCGAUCAGAGCAAUGGAUAGCUUUUUCCAUUU